AUGCCUCCUAAGUGGGGUUCCGCCGGGGCAGCAGCGGCGAACACGGAGCUUGUGCUGCUGCUGUACAUCACGCCUAGCGCACCGGGCAGCAGCAUCUUCGUGCAGGUGAACCUGUUUCCCCUUCCUGCAGAGGAGGCCGCGGCAAACACGAGCUUGGUGCUGCUGCUGUACAUCACGCCCAGCGCACCGGGCAGCAGCAUCGUCGUGCAUGUGAACCUGUUCCCCUUCCUGCAGAGGAAGGCCGCGGCGAACACGAGCUUGGUGCUUGCUGCUGUACAUCACGCCCAGCGCGCCGGGCAGCAGCAUCGUCGUGCAGGUGAACCUGGCGAUUCCUACUUCCUGCACUGCCAGGAGCGAGUGCUGGCAGGAGAGGGAGCAGCAGAUGGAGGAGGCGCGGGCGAGCAAGGGCGGGGCACAGCAGGGGGGGAGGUGCGGCGGAGGGUGGGCGAAAGUGAAGCGGGGGGCGCAAGGGGUUGUGAGGGGGAGCGCGUGGAGGGCGUUUUACAUGCCACCCAACGCUGA